GAACUGUUGACCUUCAGAGAUGUGGCGAUUGAAUUCUCUUCAGAAGAAUGGGAAUGUUUGGACCCCACUGCAUGGAAGUUGUAUACAGAAGUGAUGCUAGAGAAUUACAGAAACAUGGUCUUCCUUGGUCUAAGUGUCUCUAAGCCAAACCUGAUCACUUUUCUGGAACAAAGGAAAGAAGCUCGGAUAGUGAAGAGUCAAGGGGCAGCAGCCAUUCCCCCAGGUAUGACUUCUCAUCAUACCCAAGGAUUUUCAUCAGAGCCAGAGGGACAUUGUUCCUUCCAGAAAGUGGCAAAUCAGAGAUACAAAAAUUGUGGCCAUAGAAAUUUACAGCUUAGAAAAGAAUGGGAAAUGGUUGAUAAUUGUGAAGGUGCAAAAUCAUUUUGCAAUGGACAUAACCAGUUGUGGACAGCUAAAGACAACAGAAACUUCACUGUCGACAGUGACCAAAAAUAUGUAACAUCUAAGAAGAUAUCUGAAUGCAUGCCAUUUACUCUCAGUGAGCCAUGUGAUCCCCUAAGUAAACAUUCACAUCAAAUUGUGAAACCUAAC